CAGGGCUUCCUGUCUGCGCCUGCGGUAUCGCCGUUUGACCCCGGAAGUGUUGGUUCCGUGGAAGCUGUCACCGUGUACGGCGGCUGCACGUCGCGGGUGUGGAGCCGGGAGGAGGGUCACGCAGCACAAUGCCAGCUCUGCCUUUGGAUCAACUCCAGAUCACCCACAAAGACCCGAAGACAGGAAAGCCGAGGACUUCACCAGCGCUGCACCCUGAGCAGAAGGCAGACCGGUAUUUUGUGUUAUACAAACCGCCCCCUAAAGACAACAUUCCCGCCCUAGUGGAGGAGUACUUGGAACGCGCCACCUUCGUAGCCAAUGACCUCGACUGGCUCCUGGCCUUGCCUCACGAUAAAUUCUGGUGCCAGGUUGUUUUUGAUGAGACCCUGCAGAAGUGCCUGGACUCCUACCUGCGCUAUGUGCCCCGAAAGUUCGAUGAGUGGGUGGCCCCAACCCCUGAGGUGGCCGACAUGCAGAAGCGCCUACACCGGAGCGUUUUCCUCACCUUCCUCCGAAUGUCCACUCACAAGGAGUCCAAAGAUCACUUCAUUUCUCCGUCUGCAUUUGGAGAAAUCCUCUACAAUAACUUCCUCUUUGACAUCCCAAAGAUCCUGGACCUCUGUGUGCUCUUUGGAAAAGGCAACUCACCACUGCUCCAGAAAAUGAUAGGAAACAUAUUUAUCCAGCAGCCAAGUUAUUAUACUGACCUGGAUGAAACCAUUCCCACCAUACUUCAGGUCUUCAGCAAUAUCCUCCAGCACUGUGGCUUGCAAGGGGAUGGGACCAGCACCACACCCCAGAAACUCGGGGAGAAGGGUCGGUUGACCCCCAGUGACAUGCCUCUCUUGGAAUUAAAGGACAUUGUUCUCUACCUAUGUGAUACCUGCACCACACUCUGGGCCUUUCUGGAUAUCUUCCCUUUGGCCUGCCAAACCUUCCAGAAACAUGACUUUUGUUACAGACUAGCUUCCUUUUAUGAGACGGCAAUUCCUGAAAUGGAGACUGCAAUUAAGAAGAGGAGGCUUGAAGACAGCAAGCUGCUAGGUGACUUGUGGCAGAGGCUCUCCCAUUCCAAGAAAAAGCUAAUGGAGGUGUUUCACAUCAUCCUGAACCAGAUCUGCCUCCUUCCCAUUCUAGAGAGCAGCAGUGACAACAUUCAAGGCUUCAUUGAAGAAUUCCUUCAGAUCUUCAGCUCCUUGCUGCAGGAAAAGAGAUUCCUCCGGGACUAUGACUCAUUCUUCCCUGUAGCCGAAGACAUCAGCCUGCUACAGCAGGCUUCUUCAGCCUUGGAUGAGACCCGGACUGCCUAUAUCCUACAGGCUGUGGAAGGUGCAUGGGAAGGGGUGGACAGACAGAAAAUCAAGGACAUUAAAGACCCAUCAGGGCCCAAGGAUCCUAAUAAUGAAGUCACCAUGACAGCGAAGCCAGUUAGUGAAAUGCCGUCACAGCUGGAGAACUCAGAGGAGGAUGAGGAGUGCAUGGGUGCAGCCGCUGCCCCGGGCCCAACCGUGUGUGGUGUGGAACUAGACUCACUUAUCUCCCAAGUGAAAGACCUGCUGCCAGACCUCGGGGAGGGCUUUAUCCUGGCCUGCCUGGAGCACUACAGCUAUGAUUCAGAGCAGGUGAUCAACAACAUCCUGGAGGAUCGGCUGGCCCCUGAACUCAGCCAGCUGGACCGCAGCCUAGAAAGACAAGUGAAGCCGGACCCUACACCCCUGCUGACAUCUCGUCACAACGUCUUCCAGAACGACGAGUUUGAUGUGUUCAGCAGGGACUCAGUGGACCUGAGCAGAGUGCACAAGGGCAGGAGGAAGGAGGAGAACGUGAGGAACCUGGUGAACGACAAGCGGGCUGUGGUGGCACAGCGGCAUCGCUACCAGCAGUACAGCGUGGUAGUGGAGGAGGUCCCACUGCAGCCAGGAGAAUACCAGGUCGAUGACUACGAGGACGAGUACGAUGACACGUAUGACGGCAACCAGGUGGGCGCCAAUGACGCGGACUCUGACGAUGAGCUCAUCAGCCGCAGGCCCUUCACCAUCCCUCAGGUGCUGAGAACCAGAGCGCCUGGAGAAGGACAGGAGGAAGAUGAUGAUGAAGUGGAGGAGGUUGAAGAGGAGGCCCCCAAGCUGGACCAUUUCAUCCAGGAUCCUGCGGUACUGAGAGAAAAGGCUGAAGCCAGGCGCAUGACCUUCCUCGCCAGGAAGGGGUACCGGCCUGAGAAUUCCACAGCAGUGAUGGGCAGCCCCCGGGGCCAUGGGCAAAGCCGAGAAACCACCCAGGAGCGCAGGAAGAAAGAAGCUAAGAAGGCAACCAGAGCCAACCACAGCCGUAGAACCAUGGCUGACCGAAAGAGAAACAAAGGCAUGAUCCCGUCCUGAGGCCACAAAGCUGCCUGGGUGAGGGAGUCCCCUCAAGGCCACCACCACACCUCACCUGCCAGCCAGCGGUGAGCGCCUUCUUGUCGAACACAAAGUGCCUUAUCCCUUGGUGCAGGAACCCAGUGCCAUCAAGCAGGCUGUCUCCCAGCUGUGCUGGCGGAAAAGGAUGGGGCUGCAAAAGUAAGGUGUCCUUAUCUUGUGCAACAAGACACAAUCUCACGGGAGUCCUGGAUGGCAGGAGACCUGUGUAUUCAGAAGCAGCAACAAGCCCAUGAAUAAAGUUUCUGACCUUC